GGCCAGAACGAGAGAGUGACAGAGAUCUGUCUUGGAUGCAUCUGCGAAGCGAUGUCCGGCUGUAACCUGACCAGAGGAUGUGCUGAGGAUGACUGUGGAAUGUUCAGAAUCACCAGACUAUACUGGGUAGAUGCUGGACAGCCAACACUGCAGCUGGAUGACCCAAAGACUGAUGGAGCUUACCAACGGUGCACUUUGGACCCUGUUUGUGCAGCAAGGACUGUUAGAGGGUACAUGAACAAAUUCAUUGACAAGGAUUGCAAUGGUGACGGCACUGUGGACUGUAUGGACUAUGCUGCUAGCCACUUCUUGAGCGGCUACUCCUGCUCCGCUCCUUUGGACAACGACUACGCCAAGACCAUGAGAAGUUGCCUCGCCCAGGUUGCCGGCUUGGCGAUCAACAAGUCAUAGUCAAGUCACCUUUCCAUGUCUUCUAGUUAUCACUAUAAAUACAUUUUUAAAAGGAAA